AUAGACCUGGGGGCGGGGCGUCCCCCCGUCCGCUUCCCUGGACUAGCUUGGUCUAUCAGGAAAAGGGGGCGGCGGGCUGUCUUCGGAUCGGGGAUUCGACGAACUCCCAGGGCCACGGGCCGCUGGAGGGUCGGGGAGGGGAGGCCGCGCCGCCGCCGAAGGGGCCCUGUCCCUCUCGGGCCAUGUCCUUACGCUGCGCGGCGGCCAUCUCGGGGGCUCGGCUCCUCUGCCAGAGCCGCUGGGGCUCGAACGCUACAAUUCCGGUCUGGUAUGGUGCGGAGGAUGGGAAACAGAACAUCCUCUUCCAUGGAUAAAUCAGAAAUUGCUCCUAUAAAUCAGAUCCAGGAAACAAUUUCACAUAAUUGUGUAGUGAUCUUCUCAAAAACAUCCUGUUCUUAUUGCACAAUGGCAAAAAAGCUUUUCCAUGACAUGGAUAUAAAAUAUACUGCUGUGGAAUUGGACAUGCAUAAAUAUGGAAGCCAGUUUCAGGAUGCUCUUCUAAAAAUGACUGGUGAAAGAACUGUUCCAAGAAUUUUUGUCAAUGGGACUUUUAUUGGAGGAGCAACUGAUACUCAUAGGCUUCACAAAGAAGGCAAGCUGCUUCCAUUAGUUCAUCAGUGUUAUUUUAAGAAGUUUAGAUCAAAGAAUUUCUGACUGUAAUGUAGGCUCUCCUUGGCUGUGCUGGCAAAUGUCUGCUUUUUAGUCAUUUUGCUUAUAAAACAUUUAAAUAAUUCUUUGAAAAUACAAAAUCUUAAUCAAAGAAUAGUCUAUAAAAUGAACAAUAAAGACCUGUGAAACCUACUAUAAAUAUUCCUUUUCCGAUAACACUUUCAGGUGAAGCUAAUUUUUUUUUUUUGCAACAUGGAGGCUGACACUUUGUAGCCUUAAUUUUGUAAUUUAAUCUGAGAAACCUCAUAGUGAUGGAAUACACCUUUUCUUAGAAAACAUUAAAAUAUUGUUAAAACUCUUA